GAAAAAAACGGAGUGACAUUUUAUCUUUAGCAGUGUGACGUGUGACUGUAGCCUAAUUAACUAGGGGUGUGAGUGUAUGUGUGAGGUCAGCUAUGGUGUGUGUGCAGGCGUGUGUCAGGGAGAGGUAUAAAAGGUUAAUGUCACCCUCUCUGGGGGCUAAUACAGUAAGAGUCUGAGGAAUCAGGGAAGACUAUAGCUGUAUCAGGGACUAUACAAUGCUGGUAUCCCAAAAGCAUGUGCAGUCGGUUGCUGUCAUGGUUCUUGUCGUCUUCACAGUUGGUCACUGUCAGGAGAAUGAAAGCAGGCGAGCGGUAACGGAGCACCAGCUGAUGCAUGACCGUGGCAGGACCAUCCAGAGCCUGAAGAGACUCAUCUGGUUGUCCAGUGCCAUGGAGGGGCUCCACACCGCCCAGACCCGCUCCUCCUCCCUGCUGCCCCCCAUCCCGGGCUACACCUCGGGCCUCUCCCCUGCCCUCAAACCACACUCUGCUGGCUCACAAUCUGGGGAGGCCAGCAACAACCACAAGGGGUCACUGGGGAGACUUAUGAAAAACUUCUUCAGCCCCAACCUCAUGGACCUCUCUGAGGGGGAACCAUAGACCCCGCAACUCCUCAACRCCCAGAACCAUCUCUAUUUCGCAUUCUGUGUCGCUGCUUUGAUUGUCAAUGAGUAUGUUAGCCUACUAAAAGUCUGCCCAUGAAAGUAAAACAGACCAUGACUUUUAUUCAUGGCUAUCUGCUUUGAGCCUGCUAUUUUUGCCAUGUUUUUCACCCAUCAGAUCUCUCAGCCUGGUCUCAUAGACUAGACGUAACAUAGUAAAUGUAAAUC